AUGCCAACUAAAGUAGCAGAUGAGAAUAAAGUUAAGAAGAGAAGGAAAAUGAAGCGAAAGAAAAUUUAUAAUAUGAAAGAAACUAGCGAAGAUGAACUUGUCAGAAAGCGAUUAAAUGCGAAAUUUAAAAUGAGAACACAACGAUCAAAUGAUGAUGAUAUGCCAUGUUUAAGGCUAAGUAAAAAACAAAUGAUAGUGAAAAACGGUGAGAAACACGAUGUUUUAUUGAAGAGGAGUCAAGAAGCAUUGUUGAAUCGUUUAAAUCAAGUUGAAUGUAAUGAAAUGAAGAUAAUAACUCGAUGGAAGUGCGCCCUGUGUCAGCAACGUACUUUACGUUCUAUUUUGGGUGACCUAUUUGGUCCGUACUUUAUACGACUAAAUGGAAAUCACUGGCCUACACAUUUGGCGAAGAAACCACAAAAAAUAAAUGAGCAAACUGAAUUAUACUGCGACAUUUGGCUUCAUGGUCCUUGUGCUAUAACAGCACCUGGUAUAUAUCUGGUCGGCAAUCAACUUGACGGAUUGGAAUCGAAAAUUAGUGUUUUUUGGACGCAGCAUUGCGCAGUAUGCUCCAAAGAAGGUGCAGCAAUUGAAAAUCGCGGCAAGUAUUAUCAUUUUCCAUGCGCUGUACAAAAAGGUUCUGAUCAUUUAAUUGUUUUCUGGCAUAUAUGUUCAUUUUAUUUGACUUACUAUACAACGUAG